CUCGAAUCGAAAUUGGUCCGGAAAAUCCGCUGCACGUAGAAAUUGACGGCACAGCGACAAUGGAGUGUAAAGUUGAUGCUAAACCUAAGGUGAACAGCGUGAGAUGGACUAGAAAUGGCAAAUAUAUUUCAAAUUCUUUCAUUCACACUAUUCAAGGGGUGACUGUACAGGACGCAGGAAAGUAUACUUGUAGCGCUGAUAAUGGCCUCGACCAUCCCGGUGAAAAGGACAUUUAUUUAGACGUGCUAUAUCCACCAAGCGUCACAGUUGACUCUAAAACGUAUGAGGCCGAAGAAGGUGGUACAGUUGAAAUACGUUGUGAAGUAUCCGCCAAUCCUGAACCCAUCUCAAUCGAAUGGACAAAGGAAGGAAAAAAUGACUUUCGCCAAAAGGGCAACACUUUGGUACUAACCAGAGUAGAUGCUGAAAUGGCGGGGACUUAUGUUUGCAAAGCUGUGAAUGUGAUAACGUCGUCGACGGGAAACCGAAUGGAGAGAGCGAGCAGUGCUUCUGUGGCAGUGCUCGUGAGGCACAAGCCCGGCCGAGCGUUCAUCAGUCCCGACCGACCUGUCGCUCAGGAAGGAGCAGGAGUUACUUUGACGUGUAGCGCCAAACCCCCAGGUUGGCCGGCCCCUCAGUACAGAUGGUUUAGAGACAUCGACGUUGGAGAUGUUAAACCGAAUGUAUUAGCAACCGGCAACAAAUACACGAUUCCAAGCGCUCAUCUCGGCAGUGAAGGAGUCUAUCACUGCCAGGCCACUAACGAACUCGGCCACGGUGAUAUAGCCUCCGUGAACCUUGAAGUCUAUCAACCUCCCCGUUUUCAAUCAAAACUUCAACCACACAUGAUUAAGAAUUCAGGCGAAAGGAACUUUUCAUUGACAUGUGUUGCGCUGGGAAAACCACUGCCACAUGUCAAAUGGUACAAAGACAAUUCUGAAAUUAAGGCUGAUGCCAAUCUAUAUGAGGUAAAAACUGAAAUAAACGAAAGUAGAAAUGCCGUCUUCAAUAUACAAAGCAUGUUAAGGUUCCGGGGUCGAGCGAGACCAAACGGCGAUGACUUACUUCCCGACGACAGAGGAGUGUAUUCAUGUUCCUUUGAAAACGAAGUGAAGAAAGUAGAAUCAACCAUGCAACUACGAAUUGAACACGAGCCAAUAUCAAUCCGACAACAAAACAAAGUAGCUUACGAUGUCAUGGAAAACGCGGAAAUAUCGUGUAGAGUCCAAGCUUACCCGAAGCCGGAAUUUCAGUGGUUUUACGGCUCUAAUACCGCACCGUUGCAAAUGUCCUCCGACGGCCACUACGAAAUAACCACAACGACUGAUAAUAACGACUCCUAUUUAAGCAUUCUGCUCAUACGCAACGUGAAGGCGCAGGAUUACGGCGAUUAUUACUGUAAAGUGAAGAAUUCGUUGGGCAGCAUUCGCCCGCAGAUUAGGUUGCAACCAAAAGGCGCUCCCGAAUCGCCGCGCACUUUAUCUAGCCAAAAAGUAGGGCCCACUUUUGUGACUUUGAAGUGGGAAGCGGGAUUCGACGGGGGCUUGUCGAACACCAAGUAUUUUGUUUGGUAUCGACGGUUGAAGAACCCGGCGGGAGGGGAACACUGCGCUUCGGACAAAGCUGAUGAAUUUGACUGGAAGGAAUACGACUGCCGACGGUCCAACCCCUGCAACGUGACGCGGCUAGAUCAACAUAACACCUAUCAUUUUAAGGUGAAAGCGGUGAAUACUAAGGGGCAGAGUAACUACUCUAAUGAGAUAACGGUCACCACGAAGGUAGACAAAAUCCCACCCCCCGAACAAGUGACAUUCGACCCUAGCACCAGGUCCGUUGGGUUCAGUGUUGGACCGACGUGCCUCCCACUGGUAGGAGUGAUCGAAGGAUUAGGAGCUGUUGGCGGGUGGCAGGUGGUAGAUACAAUGCCAUUACGGCUGUCUGGUGUCAGUUCAACAAUACAAGAAACAACCUUGGAGCCGCCCACAAAUCGCGGAAGAGGAUCGGAACCGCCUCUAGAUCAGUUGAACCCUAGAGUGCGACUGCGACUCUGCUUGCAAGACAGCCAAGACACGUGCAGCGAAUACAUCGAAGCUGAUAUUGGCCCAUCAUACACCAAAGAAACCGCCGCAUUGACAACAGCCACCGUGAUCGCCAUCGUGGUUUCUUGUCUCGUGUUCCUACUCUUUCUAAGUCUUCUAUUCAUAUUCUGUCGCUGCAAACGCAAUGAGAACAAAAAGGAAACUUCCAAAGACUACGAGAUGGACUCCAUGCGUCCGCCGAUGGUGUCUCCUCCCAACCAGGCCCCGCCUCCAUACUACCCCAGUACUGGGAUGGAGAACAAGGCUCUAGAACAUUCUAUGGAUCUCCAAAUGUCGAUGGACGACUCGAAGAACGCUGUGUAUGCGACUCAAGGUGGUUACGGGUAUCACAUGGCGCCCCACGCGCAAGGACAUCCAGGGCAAAACAUGUCCAAUACAGACUGGGUAAACAUGGGGUACAUUGAGAAUAGCUACACGAACAGCAAUAAUGGGGGUAGUGUGAACUCGCAAGACUCGCUGUGGCAGAUGAAAAUGGCGGCUGCUAAUUCCGGCGCGGGAAUGCCACCGCAUCAGCUGAUUGAACGACAGAGUAAUUAUGGUUACGACCCGAUAACCCACGGCGGCUACGGUACCAUCGACGACUACGCGCCGUACCCACCGCUGCCGCACGGCGCGCACGGCACGCACAGCACGCACGGCAGCCACGCCGGUGACUACGCGCUGCGCUCGUCGCAGACGCCCUCGCGACAGGACUACUGCUCCGACCCGUACGCGUCCGUGCACAAGCCGAAGAAGCGGAUGGACCAGCAUAUCGAAUCCCCGUACCACGAGGUGAGCGGUCUGCCCGAGGCGUACGGCGGCGAGGAGGGCGCCGCGGAGGACAAGCCGCCGCACCUCUCGCUCAGCUACGACGAGUCGCUGGAGUCCGGCUACUCCACGCCCAACUCCCGCGCCCGGAGGGUCAUACGCGAGAUCAUUGUUUGAGCGUGAGCUAUCCGAUGUACUUAAACCAUGAUGCGGUUUACGAAAAAUUACGAUAUAUGCCACUCGUAUAUGAAAUAGUUUGGAUGCUGUGACUCACCACCUAAUUCGAUUUAAUGUUACAGUUGUUUUUUAAUCUGUGUAGUAUAUACUGUAUUUCUUCUUUGAAGGAUUUUACGUCCCAAGUUUUGAUUUACUUUAUCCAAGUAUCUUUUGAUGAACGUCAAAUAUAUCUUAUGCAUUGCAAUUGUGGAAUUACGAAUUUACAUUUGCUUAAAUUAAAUAUUCAUUUAACAACUUUUAAACAACAUUAUAAAGUUACUUCUAGGUUUCGUCGAGAAUAAUCUUUUGUAAAACAAAUCAACGUUCUUUACAUUUGCUCCUUGGAGCCGUUGGAAUGAACUCGGACAUUUUUCUACAUUCCUGCGAGAAAUAAAACCCUUGCCGCACUUUUGUGUUAUAUUACGAUACGAAUUAUUUAAAAUAUUCACUUACCCUCGGCUCCUCGCAACUAACGAAUCACUGAGAUUGAAGAGUACUUUUUAAUAAUAUUUACUUAUAACUUGGUUAUACUUUCGAAUAGAAUAUUUACUUUUCUCAACCUAGUUCCACAAAAUAACAUUAAAUAAAUCCAAAUCUGACGAAGUAUCUGUUUUUGGUACGAGUAUCACGUGUAGGUAAUGUGAAGUUUGAAACAGAAAGAUUACGUAGCCAUCGCUCCAUUAUUAAAUUAAUGAAAAACAUGCUUAAUAAAUUUUCGUGGAAUUAUAAUGUACGAAAUGUUUGAUAAAGUAUUAAAUUAAAUUUUACGAAAGUUGGUUGUGACGCUUAUUCAUCGUCAAUUAAUUAUUAAUCGUAUCUGUGGUUACAAUUAUCUUUUUAGAUUAUUAAAGUUAAAUUAUAUCAUAACGUCAAAAGCAAGAAAUAUCAACGCAGAUUCAGGGAAUCAAUUAAAUUAAGACAUCAUAUGCGCUGCGCUAUACACAUAUUUAAGGAACACUACAGACAUCUCAAAAUGCACUAAUCAAGUAAGACAAGGCUUGAACAAGACGUCUCGUUAUUAUUAUAAUGUUUGCUCGUGAUUGUAAUGUCUAAAUGACGAUGCAAAGAGAAUUCUAAUUACAGAGUUGAAUAGCAUCUUGUAUUCAAUAAUUUACGUUGUGCCUGAGAUAUGAGCUAAGCCGGCUGCGACAAUGCAAUGCCUUUGUUUAAUUUUAGACGAGUUUCUUUCUUCGAACUGCUGUUAAAUCUUAUAUCAUUUUGCUGUAAAUUUAUUUAAGGUAAAAUUACAUUACAGUGUAAAAAAAAACAUAAUUAAUCCAAUUGUAUUUCAUAUUAUUUUGGAUGAUAAAAUUUCGACCAGAUUAUCAGCCAGAGUUAACACUAAGUAUAUAUUAAUGCUCUUUACUUAAUUCCAGCUGUGGCAAAAUUGAUUUCCACAUAUUGGAUUCCAAAGCAUCGAUUAAUUAUUGCGAAAAUCGGCAUCAUUCGCUCGUUGAGUUGAGGGAAGCUUGAGCUUCCACACACUUGAUGCGUGCAUUAGCUCACAACAAUAGUAAAUUUGUUAAUCUAAUAUAAUAAACUAAAAUACCGAAUGUAGACUAAUCAAAAUUUAUAAUCAUGCAUUUUUACAGCAGCUUUCACAUAACAUAGUGCUUUUACCUAUUUUAAUAUUUAAGGUAUUUUAAUAUACUAUAAUAUUGAAAGACCGGUUGCUCUAAUGGAAAAUUCCAGAAUAUCUGCGUUGCACUUAUAAAGGCCCUGUGUUCAAAACAACUGGGUUUCUUUUCCGCGCCCUCAUUCUAAGAGUACUGUACGAAAGGGGCUCAGGUUUGCCGAUAUGCAGGUAAAAAUAAUGAGCUUACUUCUCGGGAGUUGUAUCUACCAACCUUUUGACUUCUUUUACAAAUUUCGUAAAAAGCGGUACCAUUAAAAUUCGUGUGCUUUAAUAACACGUUCGUUUCUAUACCUAAAAACAAUUAGCGAAUCUUAUUUCUUGGGCCUCUGAAAUUUUCAUAUAAUAUAGGAUGCUCUUAAUGUUACUUGUCUGUACGCUCCCUGAGGAGUUACAAGGACAUCGUCUUUAACAUAUUCGCUAUAGAGAAACUUUCAUGAAAUAGUAUCCUGUAUCAAUUACAGUAUUUUAAAAGUUAUGUAGACGUAAGGUCUACCAUAUGAAUAUAUACUAGAUGUAAAAUUAUGAUUCUUCAGCCUCGUUUUAAUGGGGACGUGAUAUUACAUUAAACAAUAAGUAUGCUUGAUUGUUUAACAUUAGAAUUGUAUUAUAAAGUUUUAGAUCAAUGAGGGCUUAAUUAUAAGUAAACACCGUCCUGUGUACGAAUCAAAAAUACUCUUACGAACUUCGGUGCCAUUAUUCUGUAAAUGAAUACAUGUUUCUGCUGCAUUGAGACGGAUAAAGCGCAUUGUCAUAAUAAUAUGCUUACUCUUAGAAUCAACAAUUUUGUUCCACAAAUUUUCGCUAGUCGUCGAUAUUUUUCCGCAUUGUUAGAACUAAAAACCUUGUCUACUUCUUUUCGUUUUCUUUAUUCGAAUGCUAUAUUCAAGCUUUAUGGUCAAGUAUUGACCGUACUGACUGCGCAUUUGUAAAAUAAUUUAGAUUUAUUUAGAAAAAAAUAAUGUACUGAUUUUUUUAGAUGUAUUCUUCUAUUUUAUAAUUUUAUUUUACAAUUUUGGUACUUAUUAUUAUUAUAAAUAUUGAUUAAUUUAAAGGAGUAAUUUUCCAAACUGUUCAAUAAAUGCUGCAUUAAAUUUUAGUUAUAUAAGUGUUAAAUCACGAAAUGGGCCCACCUUUAAUUAAAUAGGAAAAAUUCGGAAUGCUAUUCGUAUUAAAUUAUGCUUUACAUAUAUUUUUUAGUAUUUCAUGCAUUACGUUGAUUCAGAGAUGUAUUUGAAAAAUUGCAGUUUAUAGUUUUGAUUGCAAUGUCACGGAGUUGUAAACACUUCAUAACAUAUUAAUAUCGUUUUCCAUUAUUUUUGUUUCAUUUAUACAAAAUGCCAAAAGUAAUGGACAUUGUGAUAUUUUUUGUUUCGUGUAACUCCCGAUUUCAAUUACAUUUUGAAACAAUCGACACAUAAAAGAUCUCAGACACAAAUCAACGAUUUUUAGAUGUAUUAUUAAUAAAUGAAUUGGGCUGCUUCUACGGUACUAAAAUUUUACGUUUUAGUUCAGUAAGAAAUUUUAUAAAUACGCUUUAGAUAAUAUCUCUUAUAAUCGCUAAUACUGAAAUAUCAAGAACCGCUUAUAUCUUUCGAUUACUAUUAAUUAUUGGUGUUAUUUCGAAAGAUAUUAAAUGGAUCUUGUUUGCUUUCUUUAUUUUUGAAGCUAUUGUACACAUCAUAGCCCUUAGUUUUUUUUUUUUUUGUAAAAUCAUUAAUACUGUACGAGAAAUAAUGAUUUAUUAUUCCUUUGUAUUUCUUAAUAUUAACACUACUUUAUUAACAGCAAUAAAUAAUGUAGGUAUAUUGCUUUUUGUGUACAGUUUCUUGUUCCAUCAAAUAUCAACUUAAUUUUAUCACACCGACUGCAAUCACAACGAGUAAUCUAGAAAUCUCUUAUUAUACAUUAUACUAAGCUUUAUUCUUUAUUUAGUUGAUAGGUAUUGUACAUUUAAACUUGUAUAUUUUUUAUCUAUGUACUGUACUUAAACGCCAAACGUUAAUUAAUAACGAAAACGCGCCAUAUUUUAGUUUUAAGUGCUGACAUCGUAGGAUUCUACGUUUAGUUUUAUUUGUUGUAUUAUAACAAUGAAUUUGUGGAAUCUAUUGUAAAUAUUGAUGUAUUAAUGUUCGUGAAAAUAAAUGGUUUUCACUCU